AUGCCGUAUCAACACAUUCCCGAGGGCACCUGGAUCCCUAACGACGCGCUUCACCAGGCGUUCAUCUGCGAGCUUCGCCCUUUCGAUCCCUCUGCUUUCCCCGUACAGCCCAUUCCUAGGUCCGUCUGUGUCGAUGCGAUCCCGCCUCUUCACCCGGCCAUCUCCCCGCCAGCUGACAGCAAGGAGUUCCUGCUGCGCACAUAUCACAAGUUCGAUGAGACUCGUCGGAAGGACCUCAACGCCAUCGUCAGGCUCCUGGACGUCGCCAGGCGCUUGGGCGUCGUGAAAAAGGCAUGGUUUCGACCCGACCCCUCUACCGGUACAGUCUACCUCACUGUCCACUACGAGGUCGUGGAAGGCUUCAUGCACCCGGUGCUACGGGAGGUGGAGAGGCUCGGCGGGUUCUUGGGCAGCAGACUUCCAAGAAGCUGGCUCCACUCGUCCUACUGCGAGACCCAAGACGGUGGUAGACACAAGGUCUUUUUUGACCCUGAAGAGGAUGAGGAGGGCCGAUGGGUGAGGGUGCAGCCAGAAUGA